UCGUCCUCAUUCAAGUCCGCCGCCCGUGUAUUCUUCUCUCCGGAUCCUUAUUUUCUUUCCUCCAAGGCGUGAUCAAUUAGCUUCUCGCGCUCUUUUUCCGCACUUAAAUCGCCGUCUUCCGCUUCUUUCGCAUUACUGAAAAUUCUUUCAUCGAGCGUUCGUCAACCCUCUGUGCGCGCCUCCCCCGUUCGUCCUUCCGCUUGGCCCUCCGGGAACUCCGCGUCUCUCGAAAUAUACGCGUGCGUUGCGCGGAGGAACAAGUUUUGCCCAGGCGGCGAACGCUGGACUUGGCGACGCGACGCGAGUUGCAUCGAGCGAGCAGCGUGUGGAAGCGGAGAUUCGAAUAUGCGCCCAAGGUGAAUCCUGAUGAACGUGUCAUCGAUCGGUGGUUGCUGAACCAGCCAGCCAGCCAGCCAGCCAGCCAGCCAGCCAGCGAUCCGGUGUGCUCGGUCCACGGCCCGCGAAUACGUGCAAAGUAGUCGUGCUGCGAGCAACCCGACUUCGGAACGCUCGCGAUCGUUUAACCGAGCGACGAUUUUCCCGCGGGAUAAUCGUUUUCCGGUACCUUCCGGGAGACAUCUGGAGAGGCACAGCAUCCGGGAGGAAACGGGACGGAGAGAUAGAAAGAGACGGAGACGGAGAGGGAGAGAGAGAAAGAGAACUGAGUUUUAUCGAUUGUCACGGAACGAGAUACGAGAACGAAACGUGUGCCGGAUUCGAGGGCGGCCGAGAUCUCGCGUUGCGACAGUAGGAGAGUCAACCGUGGUGUGCUGGUGAAAACGCGAGUACAAUUUUCAGCUGUCAAUUCUUACUUCCAAGGGAUCGUUUGAGAUGAAUUUCGCGCUAAUCUUGAGCGUGUCCAGUGCUCUCAGCUGAUGGUGCUUCUCGUCAGCGAGCGAGCGAGCGAGCGAACAGGGUGGUUCGCUGUUGGGGUGACAGAUGCGAGAGGUCGCCGUGGCGAAAGUAUGUGAUCAGUUUAAUGGAACGCGGUUAAUAGACGUGCGAUCUGUUUGUGUAUACGAAGAGACAGUGGGACCACCUGAACCCGAUUUGGAUCGCCCGUAUCCACGAUGCGGGAUUGAAAGAUAUUUCGCGAUUGGUGAAGAUGUCGCAGCGCUAAUGAGUUAUUAAUUCCAUGGAACGGAUGAACUGCAGGAAACUAUGCUGACAGAUUGUACAACGUCUUCGAUCGAAGGAUAUAUCGAGCCAGGGUACACGAGGAAAGCGCGGAGUAAUGACCAGAGGCACGCGGUUUGUGGUGUCGGCCACGAAUUUCAGACAAGCGACAUGUCAGACUCGGCGUGAAUUCGGUCUCUGCUGGAGCCUGCCUUCGCUGUUAAGAUUCCUACUCGUUCUCUGUUGCAUUACGGGCACGUGUUGUGUUCGGAGAGAGAAAAUGCCGCGGACUACUAGUCAGGUGAAGCACCGGUCGUUACAACCGAUUGGCCACUGCGACCUGGAGGAUGACAUGUGCGAAUGGUCUUGGAGCCACUCUCCCGGAUUCAAUAAGACCACGCCACCGGUGCAGAAUGCAGACGGGCCCACUGUGGAUGCUAGCAAUUCGACGACUGGACAUUUUUUAUGGUUUACUGGUGAAGGAAGGGUUCAGAUAUGGUCUCAAAAGAUUCCUCCUACUGGAUCACGUUGCGAAUUGGAGUUAGCUUUGUAUCAAAUUGAAAUGAGGGAGGGGGCGAUUAACUUGUUAAUAAUAAAGAACAAUACCAGCUCCGUUACCCCCGCUCGAUUGAGAGGAAACAAUCAUGCGAAAUGGGGGUUAGCGCAUUUCAAGCUGGGGCCAAUUAGUCAACCACAUCAAUUACUUCUAGAGAUUCUGGUCCCCUACCCAAACUCGAGCAUCGCCGUCGAUAAUAUUCGCCUAAUUGAUUGUUUUCCAGAAUCAGUACCGUCGGAGAUCGACUGCACGAAAACAAACAUGUUCCGUUGCAAAAACGGUUCAUGUUUAGACAGAACACGCAUCUGCGACUUAACGAAAGACUGCCCUGACGGCGAAGACGAAAGACUCAAUUGCGACAAAGUACCGGUGGAAGCCAGAUGUAAUUUCGAGGAUGGGUGGUGCGGUUGGAGAAACUUAUCAGGAAGACCCAUGAAUUGGACUCUCCACCGUGGAGCAACGCCGUCUGAAAAGACUGGACCCAGCUACGAUCACACAUACCGCAAUGCGUCUGGUACCUACGCUUACGUAAAUAUGUUGCAACGAGGGAAAUACGGUAGUCGCGCUACUAUCGAAAGUCCAGUGUAUAAUCCAACACCACCGUACAAUGGCGAUACGAAAAGUGGUUAUCAUCAGUCAUGCCAAGUACGGUUCUUUUAUCAUCAAUAUGGAAUAUUUAGCGGCGCGCUCGGACUGUUUUUAGUACAGGUGAAACCACCUCAUGGUAACAUUAGCAAGGCGAUAUGGUGGUCUUACGGAGACAGGAAAGAUGUUUGGUACAAUCAGGCUGUCCCCUUACCAGACAUCAAGCAUAGGUAUUUUCUACAAUUUGAAGCGAACAAAGGGUAUUCGUCGAAAGGAGACAUAGCGAUCGAUGAUUUUUCACUAAGCCCAGAGUGUUUCGGAAUCGGAGUUCCUCCUGAGGUCGUCAAAGAUUUCAAUUACUACAAUCCUGUCAUAGACUCGGAAAAAAUUCCGGAUCAACACGCGGACUUCAUCAACAAAACUGUUAUACGAAUUACCACAUGCGGAAACAUGGGUAGAACAGGGCCUACGGUUAAACAAUGCGCAGAAGAAUACAACUCGACGGAUAUAGAGUUACUUACACCUCCAGCCGAUUCGCCAGAUCCAGAUUCAUUCAAUCUCAAUGGGAUUCAACGGUGGACAGCGCCUCGCGGUGGAUAUUACACUUUAAUUGGAACGGGUGCUCGCGGAGGGAAAGGGUCCAGCGGGACGGGAAGCACGCUGGGUGCGCUCGUCGGUGGUAUAAUUGAAUUAGAAAAGGGCGAGCAAUUGUACUUCAUGGUAGGGCAACCAGGAAUGGACGCCUGUCCUAAAAAUUUAGGACUGGAAGUGGAGAGCUGUCAAAAUAUUGAGCCCGAAGAACCUUCCGGACCCCUCUACCCGAAAACAACGUCAAAACUGCACCAAUUACAGUCAAUUCAGAUAAAAGACGGCGGAGGUGGCGGUGGUGGGGCGACUUACGUUUUUAAAUUAAAGAAUAAUGGAGUGCAACAUCCGAUACUUAUCGCAGGGGGUGGAGGUGGUUUAGGAUUGGGGCGAUACGUUGACAACGGUGUCCAACAUGGACGAGGAUUUGCGACCUCCAGAAGACCUGCUUCAGGUUCAGUUUUCUCAACUGAGGCAGACGUAGGUGGUCCUGGCGGCGGUUGGAACGAUUCGUCUAGCAGUUCGGAUAAACGAUCCUCAGCAGGUGCACCCCUGGUUAAAGGUGGCGUGGGCGGAAUUGGUUGCGGCCCGCGGAAUCACAGUCACGGUGACGGAGGAUUCGGCGGCGGUGGAGGCGGAUGUCUUACGGGAGGCGGUGGAGGUGGUUACAUAGGUGGUAAUGCUGGUCACGGCGAACCGAACAACGGCGAAGGUGGGUACUCCCACGCCGGCCCUGACCUUAUGCACGCUUAUUUCCGACGAGAAGUAAACCACGGACCCGGCGAGGUCUACAUUAUUCCUGCAAUCAGCGGUUGCGGUUGCGAUUUCCGCUGCGUCUCCCUCGAUCAGUACCUCAGCGAGACGAAAUGUCUUUGUCCACCGGGUUGGCUGUUGAGCAACAAUACGAAAUCCUGUAUCAUGGCCGACGACUCUAGAGUUACGCAUCAAACGUUCAUAAUUUUGCUCAUAGCUGUAAGCAUCGGCCUAGUCUUCGCUUUCACAGCACUCUGUCUAUUACUUUAUAAUCGUUACGAAAAUCGGAAGAAGCUGAUACGACGGCGACAAAUUAUGUUCGGUAACGGGACCGAGUUAACGUCGCUGCGUGCUGUUUCCGACACUAUGAUGACCGAAUUCAAUCCGAACUACGAGUUCGCCGGGAACCUCUAUAGCUUUAAAGAUUUGCCGCAAAUACCCCGUGAAUGUAUCGAAUUGGUAAAGCCCCUUGGUCAGGGUGCUUUCGGCGAAGUAUUCCAAGGCGUGUACAAACACAGACGUAACGAAGAGCCUGUUGCCGUGAAAACUAUACCCCGUUCUUCUAGGCCUCAGACCGAGGCCGAUUUCAUGAUGGAAGCGUUGAUCAUGAGCAAAUUCAAUCACCCCAAUAUCGUACACUUCAUUGGAGUUUCGUUCGAUGAAGAUCCGAAGUGUAUCGUUUUAGAGUUACUUGCGGGCGGAAAUUUGAAAAACUUCCUACGGGAAGAAAGACCACGCGCGGACCGGUCGACCUCGUUAACCAUGCUGGAUCUGAUUAUGUGCGGUUACGAUGUCGCGAAAGGAUGCAAAUACGUGGAGGAGUCUCGUUUCAUACACCGUGACAUCGCUGCCAGAAAUUGUUUGCUCACGUGCAAAGGCCCUGGCCGGGUGGUGAAGAUCGCCGAUUUCGGGAUGGCCAGGGACGUUUAUAGGAGUGAUUAUUACAGAAAAGGGGGCAAGGCAAUGCUACCCAUCAAAUGGAUGCCCCCGGAAAGUUUCUUAGAUGGGAUAUUCACCACGAAAACCGAUGUUUGGGCAUUCGGCGUACUGUUAUGGGAGAUCAUGUCUUUUGGGUACAUACCGUAUACAGGAUGUACCAACAGAGAAGCUAUGGCAAUGGUAACAUCGGGUGGUCGUUUAGAAAAGCCAGCGGGAUGUCCCGACCCUAUUUAUGGAAUAAUGACGCGAUGCUGGCACCCGCGUCCCGAGGAUCGGCCUAGUUUCGCUACUAUCGUUGAGAGAAUCGGUUAUUGCCUACAGGAUCCUGAUGUCACGAAUCAUCCAACACCUCACUUUGAUAUCCUACCGAGUUGCGAGCGCGAAGUGACGAUCAUGAGACCAGAUCCAGAAACAGAAUGUAUUAAUGUACAGUCAGAGCUAGACGCAUGCGGAUACAUGCAGCCAAGAAUAAUCGAUCCACGAUCGGCGAGUCAACGCAUGGCUCAAGCAAUCGCCAGCAAUAAUCCCACUGGUGCGAACGAAAAUCCGAGUCGGAUAAAUUUGAACGAGAAGAAUGACACGCAACCAGCGCAAGGGCGCUUGCAAGGGCGAUUCCAAUCUAAUCCGUAUGGAUCUCAUGCGGACGCUUCCGAGCAAACAUUUGACGGAAAUACCAAUCGCGAUAACUUUAACGACAGACAUACCGAGAGCAAGCCGAAGGCUGACAAUUCGAAUCGUGACGGGAGAAGCACAUGUCGAAAUUCAACAGAUGUCAUGAACAGCGGUAAAUCAAGGAUCGCGGACAACGGCAACGGUAACAAUCGUUCAGCCGAUGUCCGGAGCGAUCAAAGUAGCAUGAUGGACGUAACAGAUGCGGACAGAAGAAACGGAAACGAGAGCAGGACAGACACGAACUCAGACUCUUUGAUCGUCGCUUCGGACACGCCGCCCGACACAACGAAUUCUUCGCCGAACACGCGUACCUCCUCCCCUAGUCACACGGGCCUAAAUACGAACGUCACUAACGUCAACGGAAUGUUAAAGAAAAACGCCCUAAAGGCUGCUCUCAGUUUGGAUCCCAGCGCACUGUGCCGCGAUGCGAUACCAUAUGAGAAGAUACCGUUCUCGCCGCCCCCGCAACGUUCCAGUACCCCUGGUAGUAUGGAGAUAAAAAAGUUCUAUGUAUGAUGGAACUAUCGUCUCUCUGUUCUUCACACGAAGGAUCCUUUGGCGCUGAGCCAUGAACUACCGAGGGAAGCGGAAUGCUCCUGCUGAGAUUUGUACAGGGGGGAGUGACAAAACUCCCCGGUUCUCGUCGUCGACGUGCUACCAACACGAUCGAGCAACUACAACGUGAAGACCAUGCGACGUUCGGCAACGAUAACCGCUGGUUCGAUAGCUACGCGUUUCAAGGAAUCCUCGUCGGUUCUGUGGAUACGAGACGAACAUGCGCGUCGUGUUUACUCCGAGGAAACGCUACUAUAAACGAAUACGUACUACGAAUCCGAGGAAGUUUAUGAAUUGGCACGAUUCGUUUAAUCAAAGACCGUCUGAUCGAAGUCACGAAACAAGGUUUAACUUUACUUUGAAAAACACCGAACAUGUCUUAUAAUUUUCUUAGCUUAAACAUCUUUCUGAUGGAUAUGAAUGAUAACGAGCCUUGUUUAAUUGAUUAACUUUUUCAGCAUGUAAUCGAUAGUACAAAGAUUAUUGACGUUCAAUUGAAAGUUUCCUUCCACAAAUGUAUAUGUACCUGUUACUUUGUUAAUAAAAGACUAGGAGACGUUAUCGUGACUGAUUACAGGGUCUCCACAUGUGUCCUUUGUUUAUUUUUUUUUUUUACUUUAACAAAGAACUGACUUCGUCCAUGCAAGAGGGAAGAGUUUAAUUGCGUUUACUAAAUGGACGGUCACGCGUUCUGCGCUCCGUUUAAAAAUGAAACCAUAAAACUGUUCGUGUCUGUGGAUGAUGUAUAAAAAUUUCCGUUGACGAGUUCGCGUCGAGAAAGCGGAAGUACUGAGUACAAGGAAUUGCAAUAACACGUGAAACACUACGAGCUUGAGACCGUCCGUUGUUAAAUUCAACUGAUUCCUCUUUCUCCGGAUUCGUGAACACGCGGCUCUCACGCGGAUGUGACGAACACACGCGCCGCUGCGUGAUCGUUAUGCAUAUGCAUCUAUUUAAGUAUAUACAUAUAGGUAUACGUAAAUGUACAUGUAUGAAAGAAGAGAGAGAAAACAGAUGUAAGGACGCUAGAUGUGUUUUUGGAUUCACGCAUAGAAAAGUAGAGGAAAAUGUAAAUCGUUAAAUCUAAAAAUGAAUAUCAUCUCGCAUCUGUAUACUCCUUGUGAUUAGAUUGCUACAUACCAUGAAGAUCGUGUUUCCUUUUACGAGUUUCAAUUGAUCGGGCCUAAAUCAUCAGAAUUUCUAAUUCGAAUUGAGGAAUUGCGUAAACAGCAUUCCAAUUAUUAAUCACUUUUAUACAUAUAUUUUCAUUUUCUCCCGCAAUCACGAAGGGAUUGAAUAAAACAGUGUGGAAAUGAUUUCAAACGAAAAUAUGCAGCAAUCUACUGACGUUAACUAUCAACAGGUACAUAAAAUCGGAAUUACAAAUAUACACGUAUACCAACAUAAACGUACAUAUUAACGAAAUUAUUGAGCGGUACUAUAUGUGAACAUAGCUGUUGACGAAGUAUUACCAUCGAUGUUCCUCCUGCAGAAGGAUCAACAGAAAUUAUGUAUAAUCGAGAGAUCCUCCUCGUCAUCUACAAAAAGUAUAUGCAGGGCGAUCGUCAGUAAUCAUAUUGUGGUGUGCGAAACUUUUUUUAAGAACGAGUGCUAUGUACUUUAUGAAUUACAUACUUUAUUUAGUACAUACAUGUUAUACGAUGUGCAUAAACACUUAAUACGUGAUAUAAAAUAUAUAAUACAUAACGUACAUAGAAUAAAUUUAAAUAAGAUUAUGAGUAUAAAUGUGUGUGUGCGUGUGUGAGAGAGAGACAAUACGUUAUACACAAGACUUGAUUUACACCAAAGAAAGAGAAAAAUGUACGCCUUCAGCGAUCUUUCUACACAUACCUGUAAACCUUUAUACAUAUACAUAUACAUAUAUAUAUGUAUAUAUAUAUAUAUAGUUAUAUAUUUAUCAUGUAAUUCCAGACAAGGCUGGUCUAAUCGCCUUCAUCCUUGAUAUGUAUAUAUAUACAUAUAUGUAUUAUAAUUCGGAAAAAUCGAUAUAUUACCGGACAACGAUCUAAUAAUUUCUCCACGAAAAUGGGAAUGGUUUAAUUACACUGGUUAACAAAGUCCUCGUCAAUGGAAUCAUUUCUUACGGGCCUAGUCAACAAACGUACAAUCUGCAAUCAUUCUUUUUCUAUUGCUCAUAAUUUUUAUGCCCUCUAUUUAAUAAUUAGCAUAUUUAUAUAAUUAUUGUUGUUUGUUCCUCGAUUACGGAAAUUCGAAGUCUCUUCGCUCUUCAGAGAUUUAUAUGGUGAGAAAGAGAAUUUGUAAACCAGUGUUGUUAGAAGAAGAGGCUGAAGAUCGAUGUCGAGCCAAUUAUGUUCGUCAACUCGAUUAGCAUCAUCGUUCUCGCCGUGAAGACUACCUGACUGUUGGUGCAUAAAGAAAAAAAAAAGAAAAAAAGAAUGAAUAAUAGGAUAUCCUCGUCUACCUCGUUGACUCGUUGUUAAUUUGUGGAAGAACGGUGGACGGUGGAAGGUCCACUAUUUUAGAACAUCGAUCUCGUUGAGCACGAUUACCGCCGUGAGCAUGGGCUGAUGAAAAGAUAAAGCUUUCGACAAUGCAACAAAAAAAAAAGAAAAACAAAAUAUGAAAAAGAGCACAGGCCCUUUUUUAUUUUUCUUACAACAACGACGUACUUUACGUACGCGCAGCGUAUGAAAGUCAACAACGGUAUUAUCUGUACGUAAAACGUAAUAAAGACAUGUUUGUGGAAAAAAUUAA